AUGACUGACGAUGAGUCACCUUCAAAUUUAAAUGAAGAUACAAAAACAAUCGAAAAACCGAUGCAAACAAUACAAACACAACAAAUAAGUACACCAAAUGAAUCAGUUCGUCGACAUGUUCGAAUUUUAGCAGAAGAAGAAAGAAUUAGUACGGAUAAAUGGUUAUCUNAUACAUUUCAAUCUAUUGAUAUUUGUUAUGUAUAG